AUGGUAGCGGGCCGCAAAGGGGUCGACCAGGAUACCACUGCUAAUCCAAUCGGAUUUCUGCACCGGCAAUAUUUAAACUAUUGCUGCACCAAUACUCAAGGACUCUUCAGCAAAUUUCCAGAGCUGAAUUUUUGUUUCAAAUCAGAUCAGUGGGAUAUUACUGCUGUUACAGAAACGUGGUUUGCAGCUGAUAUUCCGGACUAUGAAUUGUCCAUACCAGGAAUGUCUUUGCUCAGAUGCGAUCGUCCCACCCGUGGUGGUGGUUUUCUACUCUAA